AGGACAACGACACCGAAGCAAGAUGGCGGCGCAAGUAAAGCAAAUGUGGAACUCUCUGUCCAGUGCUAGUGGUUCACACAAGGAUAUUACGGGGAAGUAUCGCGAAAUUCUAGAAAAGGUUUUCAAAUUCCAAGAGCCUGCUCUUACGGAAGGCCUUAAAACGUUUAUCGAGGCUGUGGUACAUGAAAGCGUAAGCCUUGUUGUGUCAAGACAGAUAUUAACUGAGCUUUGCAAUCAUAUUCCAAACAUGGAGUCCUCCACUGCCAAAGAAGUAUCACAUUUUGUUCUGGACAAAUUGCAACCUAGAGCUAUCUCCUUUGAGGAGCAGGUUGCAUCAAUCCGGAAGCACCUGGCCAAAAUCUAUGAAGAGUGUCAACAAUGGCGAGAUGCUGCAAGAGUGCUUACUGGGAUUCCUUUGGAAACAGGACAAAGACAAUAUUCAGUCGACUACAAACUGGAGACAUACCUGAAGAUUGCACAAUUGUACCUGGAAGAUGAAGACCCUAUACAAGCUGAGGCUUACAUUAACAGGGCAUCACUUCUUCAGACAGAUACUAAGACAGAGAAACUGCAGAUACUAUAUAAGGUGUGCUAUGCUCGUGUCCUGGAUUACAGACGCAAAUUCAUUGAAGCUGCACAGCGUUACCUAGAUCUGUCCUACAAAGCUGCAAUACAUGAUGAAGAGAGAAUGACAGCACUAAAACAUGCUUUGAUCUGUACAAUGCUUGCUUCAGCUGGCCAGCAAAGAUCAAGAAUACUCGCAAACCUGUUCAAAGAUGAGCGCUGUCAACAGUUGCCAGCCUAUGGGAUUUUAGAGAAAAUGUAUUUGGACAGGAUAAUUCGUGGCCCAGAGCUUCAUGAAUUUGCCGCUAUGUUGAUGCCACAUCAAAAGGCAACUACUGCAGAUGGUUCCAGUAUCCUUGACAGGGCAGUGAUUGAGCAUAAUUUACUCUCUGCCAGUAAGCUCUACAACAACAUCACCUUUGAAGAGCUUGGAGCUUUGUUAGAGAUACCACCUCCCAAGGCAGAGAGGAUUGCAUCACAGAUGAUUUCUGAGGGACGUAUGUCUGGUUCGAUAGAUCAGAUUGAUGGAGUUGUACAUUUUGAAACUCAAGAGGUGCUUCCCUCGUGGGACAGGCAAGUCCAAAACCUGUGUUUCCAAGUCAACAAUGUGAUUGAAAAGAUCAACAGCCACGCACCAGAGUGGGCAGCUAAGUACACCGAAUCACAAAUGACAUCUUGAAGAACAUCCAGGGUAAUUGAGACUGUAAAUAAAGCAUAAGAAGCGUUCAUUAAUUGGUGGACCAAACCUGAACAAUGCACGUGAACCGGAUAUCAGUAAUGUUCUCCCCAUUCCUCCACGUCCACCCUGUGAAGAAGAUUUAACUGGUAACGAGGAGGUUUAUGUAAUUGUGCGGAGAAAACGGACACAUCUUGAAAUUCUUUAAUAAACGUUCUGCUAUGAUGAAAAAUUCUUACUGCUGUAAAGUGCAGUGGUGUUAAUCUUUGGAUGGAACUUUUUUCCCCAUCAUGCAGCGGUCUGGUGAGCCUUGUGCUUUUGGAUAUGAUCCAGUGGCUCUCUUCUGUAAUGAAGCAGCCAUAUUGACUCUCGGCUUUUCUGUCUCCACUUUCCGCCGUGCAACGUUAUUGGCUUCUAUUUCAUUACAGAGAUUCCCGGAUUCCCAGUGGCGCAACUGUUAAAAUAUCUUUGAAACGUUAAUGAAAUAAAAUGUGAAUUUUGUGUUUGUUGAGA